AUGCCUCUGCGCAUCUCACUCCAGUCCUCCCUGAAGGCAUUGAACGGUACAUAUUCUUCUUCGGCAUCGCUCCGCCGCCAGAUUGUGCUAAAUCGUGAUUGCUUAGGCCCAGCUUCCGCUCCGCUCAAUGCAUUCUACACCUCGAUCAGAGCCGCCUCUGGCAAGGCUCAAGUUCGCAGAAAGCAUGAUCCAUUCAUGGCCGCUCAGGCCCGCCAGCGCAAAGCAGCCAAUGUGUCCCGGCAAAAAGAGCUCGCGGUGGAGCGGGAUUCCUCGCUCGGCGAUCCCGUGAAGAGCAGCCCGACACCCUUCAUCCUCGAAAUGACCGCAAUUCAAACCGACGCGCAGGUUCCCCCCUCUUUGACCGAUCUCAACUACUAUUUGGAAGCGAAAGAGUUGGAUGCUGCCCUGGGAUUCUCUAAAAACUUGACCGAGCCGCUCCCAAAUCCCGACCGCAAUGUUGCCGACCCCCAGGCCGAGCAAGAACAACUCGAACUGCAUGAACAAGAGCACAGGAAUGCUCAAGAGGCGAUCAACAGAAUUGUCAACCUCAACAAUGGAAACACCAAGGACCGGGUGCGCCUCAACAUCAUGAAGUGCGUCGAGACCUUCGGACGACACUACACAGACCUUAAUCUCUCACCGAAGCCAUCGGGUGUGAUCCAUGGAUCUGCCCCAGUUCACCCUGCUCGCGCGCCGCGCGUCGGCCCCGAUACUGGCUCCGCAGAGGUUCAGGCUGCCAUUUUGACUGUGAAGAUCAUGAACCUCUCCCGCCACCUGGAGUCCGCUACCAGGGACAAGCACAACCGACGUAACAUGCAGCUUCUCGUCCACAAGCGCCAAAAGCUUUUGCAAUAUGUUCGCCGGAAGGAGCGUGGAGGUCCUCGGUGGCAGAACUUAAUGGGAACUUUGGGAUUGUCUGAUGCUGCAUGGAAGGGCGAGAUUUCCCUAUGA